CUUUGCUAAGGCAUGGAGGGAGAAGAUGUUUUCAAAGGCUGAAGACAGAGCUAAGGAUCCGGUUCCAAAAAUGAAGGCCAGCCUGAUGUUGUUCAGCCUGACUUCCCACAUGGAGGGCAGUUCCAGGGCCCCGCAGCUCUCUGGGAGAAGGUAGAAAAGAAAUUUCUGGAAUAUCAGCAGUUGGGUCAUAGGAGCCCAGCUGAGCAUCAGAGGAGCCUAUUGAGUCUUCUCCCACUGUUCCUAAAGGCCUGGGAACACUCCGUGGGGAUCAUCUGCUUUCCCAGUCUCCAAAAGCUGGCUGAAGAGGUUUCCAACCAGCUAGCCCAAGAAAUACAGAAGGUGCUUGUGGGAAAGCCUGCAGAGCAAGCACGGGCAGCCGCUGGGCAGUUGCUGAGGUGGAAGGGGGAUACAGAUCAGGAUGGCUACCUGCUCCUCAAGUCAGUGUUCGUGCUCACAGGGACAGACUCGGAAACGCUGGGCAGAGUUGCUGAAUCUGGGCUCCCAGCCCUGCUUCUGCAGUGUCUCUACCUCUUUUUUGUCUUUCCGCUGGAAAAGGAUGAGUUUUUUGAGAACGAUCUUCAAGUUCAGAGGAUGUUUGUGCAGAUGUUGCUCAACAUUUGCAGUGAGUCUCAGGGGCUGGAGGGACUUCUCUCAGGGAAUGAGCUCCAGUCUUUAGUGAUUGCCACAACCUGUCUUCAGGAGCAUAGCUGCCGCUUUUGGAAGGAGCCCACCUUCUGUGUUCUGAGGGCAAUCUCCAAGGCCCAGAACCUCAGCAUCAUCCAAUACUUGCAGGCAAUGGAUUGUGUCAAGAUCUCCCUCCAAAACCUCUCCAGGCUUGCAGACUCUCUCCUUGCUCCAGAGCUGGGAGAGGCUGUGAGUCUCAUUUUGGGCUUUGUGAAGGACUCCUACUCUGUCUCCUCGGCUCUGCUCAUGGAGUUUGAGAAUGCGGAGGGCUACCCUCUGCUACUCAAAGUGUUACUUCGGUAUGAUGCGCUGACCCAGAGUGAAGUGGAUCCCCACCUGGAUGAGCUCCUCAGGCUGGUGGUGUGGCUGACAACCUGUGGGAGGUCAGAGCUGAAGGUGUUUGACAGCAUCACUUACCCUCAGCUGGAAGGCUUCAAGUUCCAUAAGGAGGCUUCUGGGGCAACCAUUAAGAAUCUUCAGGCCUUCCAAGUCCUGCAAAAUGUUUUCCACAAAGCUAGAGGCUCCAUCCUCUGCACACGAGUCCUGUUGGCCAUCAGGACCAUGUGGGACUGGAACGCUCGUAACUUCUUCCUGCUGGAGUGGACUCUUCAGCCCAUCUCACAGUUUGUAGAGAUCAUAUCCCUGAAGCCAACCCAAGUGCAGGUGCAUUUCUUCCAGCUGCUGGAGGCCCUGGUGUUUGAGCUGCAUUAUGUGCCCCACGAGAUCCUGGGGAAGGUGCAGCGUUUGAUCAAGGAGAGCCCUGAGCCACUUUGCACCCUUGUGGCCAUGCAGAGUGUCCUCAGGAUAGCUGGUGCAGACCCACUCUUCACAGACAUUUUCAGGGACUCAGGACUCCUGGGCCUGCUGCUAGCUCAGCUUCGGAAGCAGGCCAAGAUCUUAAGGAAGUCAGGAAACAAAGAGUCCUCUCUUGGCAUUCAGGAUCCAGAAAGAGAAUUGACCUGUGUGAUGCUGAAAACUGUAGUCACGCUUCUGAAAGGCUCAGUUCGGAAUGCAGUUGUCCUGAAAGAUCAUGGCAUGGUGCCCUUCAUCAAGAUCUUCCUGGAUGACGAAUGGUACCGGGGAGCCUCACUCAGUAUCUUGGAACAACUCUCAGUCAUCAACACUGAGGAGUACAUGAGCUCAUUUGGGUGCUUGUGCUCAUCCACUCAAGGGGAACUGCAUCUGAAACUGGAUCUCCUAAAGUCUCUACUCCGGAUCCUGGAGACCCCCAAAGGCCGUACUGCUUUCAGAGUCUCCAGUGGGUUCAAUGGGCUGCUGUCCCUGCUCGCUGACCUGGAGGGUUCUCUCCAGGAUCCCCCACUGCAGAUGUGGGGGCCAGUGUCCCACAGGCAGAUGCUGGACCUGGUCCUGCACACCCUCUGUGUUGUCUCUGCAGCGCUGCACCUGGACCCUGUCAACAGUGACUUUUUCAGGAGGAAUGGACUCUUUGAGAAGCUGACUGAGGACCUCUGCUUGUUGGGCUGUUUUGGGGCCAUUGAGGAAGAAGGAGCUCCUCUGCAUUCCUGGGAGAACACAAAGGCCAGGCCAUUUGCUGAUUUACUGAGUCUAGCCUUUUCCUCUGCCAGCCCAUUCCCGCCCAAGAUACAGAGCUGCCUCCAGAUCCUCAGUUUCCUGGACAGCAUGGUCAUUGGAACCCUCCACCUAUGCAGAGACCUGAAGGAGCCCCUAGGAGUGGUGCAGGAAGCACCUGUGGAUGCCCAGAAGGGAGAAGCUACCAGUGACCCCCAAGGCAACUUCGAGCAGUGGCCAGACCUGGAAGAGAGGAUGGAUGAAGGUGAUGCUGUGAUCAAGCAUCCUGGGAUCCUGUGCAUCAUGGUUAGGCUGCUGCCUCGGUUGUACCAUGAAGAUCACCCUCAGCUUUCCAAGGAAAUCCAGUGCUCCAUGGCCAGUCACAUCCAGUCCCUGGUGAAAUCAGAGAAGAACCGUCAGGUCAUGUGUGAGGCGGGGAUGCUCAGGACCCUCAUGACCUCCUGCCACCAGGCCCUGACCACCAGCAGCAGCUCCCUGCACUCAGCCCUCAUCAGGAUUUUUGAAAAGCUCGCUUCUCAGGCCAUUGAACCAGAUGUGUUAAGACAGUUUCUAGGUCUUGGAAUUCCCCCACCUCCAUCAGCUGUGAUGAAAAUACCCAAUUCAUCUUAUGUACAUGAAGGGGACUCUGGAUGCUCAGGGUCACAGGCAGUGGCACCACUGACUGCUGAGGUUCCUGCAGGAGCUGCUCAGGAUGCCCGCCCAUGUCUAGCAGUUGCACAGGCCCACAAGCCCUCAGGGCUGUUUCAGAGCUCCACCACUGCCCUUCAGACAGCGCUGAGUCUCAUCUCCAUGACCUCUCCGCGCAACCUGCAGCCUCACAGGGCUGCCCUGGCUCCAUCAUUUGUGGAAUUUGACAUGUCCAUGGAAGGUUAUGGGUGUUUAUUUAUUCCAACCCUGUCUACAGUUAUGGGAACCAGCACUGAGUACUCGAUCUCUGGAGGGAUUGGGACAGGUGCUGCCAGGUCCUUCCCUCCACCUGGAGGCCUGACCUUUUCCUGCUGGUUCCUCAUCAGCAGGCAUGGCAGGGUCACUGAGGGCCACCCACUGCGCUUCCUAACCCUGGUGCGCCACCUGGCCAGGACAGAACAACCCUUUGUCUGCUUCUCUGUCAGCCUCUGCCCAGAAGAUCUCUCCUUGGUUGUAUCUACGGAAGAGAAAGAGUUUCAGCCACUAGAUGUUAUGGAACCCGAGGAUAUUUCUGAGCCCUCUGCAGGACGCCAGCUUCGGGUCAGGUGUGGCCAGCUCCUGGCUUGUGGUCAGUGGCAUCACCUGGCCGUGGUUGUCACCAAGGAAAUAAAAAGGAAUUGUACCAUUUCCACUUAUCUGGAUGGACAAGUCAUUGGCUCAGCCAAGAUGUUAUACAUUCAGACCUUACCAGGACCUUUCCUUUCAAUGGAUCCAUCAUCAUUUGUGGAUGUUUAUGGAUAUAUUGCUACCCCUCAAGUUUGGAAACAGAAGUCAUCAUUAAUAUGGCGACUUGGCCCUACAUACCUCUUUGAAGAAGCCAUCUCAAUGGAAACUCUGGAAGUUAUUAACAAACUUGGCCCAAGAUACUGUAGCAACUUCCAAGCUGUGCAUGUCCAAGGUGAGGGCACUGGCACAGAAGCGGCACCCCUGGUUGCAGAGGAAAGAGUUUCCUUUGGCCUUCAUGUAGCCAGCUCCUCUACCACCAGUGCUGUGGACAUCAGAAACACAUACAAUGAAGUGGACAGCCGCCUGAUUGCCAAAGAGAUGAACAUUUCAUCCCGUGACAAUGCCAUGCCCGUGUUCUUGCUAAGAAACUGUGCUAGCCAUCUCUCAGGUUCUCUUCGAACCAUUGGAGCUGUGGCUGUGGGCCAAAUGGGGGUAAGGGUGUUCCACUCCAGCCCUGCUGCUAGCAGCCUGGACUUCAUUGGUGGGCCUGCCAUCCUCCUGGGCCUCAUUUCCUUAGCAACAGAUGACCACACCAUGUACGCAGCUGUGAAAGUCCUGCACUUAGUCUUGACCAGCAAUAUCAUGUGUGACCGCCUGAUGCAACACAUCUUUGGGUACCAGAUACUGGCAUUCCUCCUGAGGAAGAAUACCUCUCUUCUAAACCAUCGAGUAUUUCAGCUGAUCCUCUCCAUUGCUGGCACCGCAGAACUGGGCUUCGGGUCAUCCACCAUCACCAAUGUUGGUGUUUUUCAGCACAUUCUCUGUGAUUUUGAGCUCUGGAUGAAUACUGUGGACAACCUGGAUCUCUCCCUCUUUUCCCAUCUUGUGGAAAUCCUUCGAUCACCAAGGGAAGGACCCCGGAAUGCUGAAGUUGCUCACCAGGCCCAGCUUAUACCCAAGCUCAUCUUCCUCUUCAAUGAGCCAGGCCUCACCCCCUCCAAGAUCCCCACCAUCAUGGCCAUCCUGCACUGUCAGCUGAGAGGCCACUUCAGUAUACAGGACUUGCUCAGGGUCGCAGUGUUUGUCGUGUAUACUCUCAAGCCUUCAUCGGUGGAUGAGAGGCAGAUCUGCAUGGAUGGAGCCCCAGGCUACUCUGUGCCUGCUGGAAGCCAAACAUCUGGAAAGACAAUCUGGCUCAGAAACCAGCUGCUGGAGAUGCUGCUCAGUGUAAUAUCUUCCUCUCAACUUCAUCUGUCUUCUGAGAUGAAAGAGGAGGUGUUUCUGAGCCUAGGUCCCGACUGGUUUCUGCUGUUCCUGCAAGGCCACCUCCACUCCAGCACCACUGUGCUGGGAUUAAAGCUGCUGCUGCACUUUCUGUCAAGCCCUAACCUCCUCACACGAUUCAAAGACGGCCUGUAUGCAGGAUCCUGGGUGGAAUGCAGCUCCAAAGGCGUGCACAUCAUGAUGGAUAACCUGAAGAACCACGUUCCCAUGCCUGACCAGAGCCCCUGCCUGAUUCCUGGAUUCCGUGUUCUGAAUGACUUUCUGGCCCACCAUGUUCAUAUUCCGGAUGUCUACCUCAUCGUGUCCACCUUCUUUCUACAGACGCCACUUACAGAACUGACGGGCGGGACCAAAGACAGCCUGGAUGCUGCACUGCAGUGGAUUCUGCAGAAGCACCACACAGAGGAAGUCCUUCGGUCUGGGCUGUGCGCUGAGGGUGCCCUGCUGCUCCUGCAGAUGCUGAAGGCCACAAUGAGCCAGCCCUUGACAGGGAGUGGAGAUGGUGCCUGGGAGCAAACCUUCCCAGCCAGUGUGCUGCAGUUCCUCACCCUUGUGCACAGCACCUACCCACAGGAUCCAGCUUGGCGGGCACCAGAGUUCCUCCAGACCUUGGCUGCCAUCACCUUCCCCCUGCAAACCCAUAAGGGGGUCACAACCGAGUCUGCCCAGAAUGCCAGCAGUCCUGGGACUGAGGCUGAAGGCGACAGCAUUGCAGAGGGUCUGCAGAUGUCUGACAAGUCACAUCCCACACGGAAACAGCUAAGGGUGUUUCUGCAGCUACUGUUGAGGGAGCUCUUGAUUGCUGCUCCCAGCACCAAGCAGUGUUUGCCUCUGGAGGUGCUUUUGGAGGCUUCUCCAGAUAAUGCUACCAGUCAACAGAAGCAAGAAUUUCAGUCUGAGAUCCUGCUCUCUGCCAUGGAAAUAUUUCAUGUGAUGAGUGGAAGUGACAUGUCCAUGUUCAGAGGCAAUAAAGAGCCUCAGCCAAACACAGAAGCUGCUGCUGCUGCUUCUUCACUCAUGAACAUCUCCCAUUUCACCCAGAAGCUGGUAGAGAAGCUGUAUAGUGGGAUGUUCUCAGCAGACCCCAGACACAUCCUUCUCUUCAUCACAGAACACAUCAUGGUGGUCAUCGAAAAUGCCUCUUCACAAAGGGACACUGUCAUCAGUGCUUUAUACAGCAGUUUAAAUAAAGUCAUUCUUUAUUGCCUCUCCAAGCCCCAGCAGUCUCUCUCUGAAUGCCUCAGCCUUCUCAGCAUUCUGGAAUUCCUGCAGGAACACUGGGACAUUAUCUUUGCCACCUACAACUCCAACUCCAGCUUCUUACUGUGUAUCAUGCAUUGUCUGUUUCUGCUUAGUGCGAGGAGUUAUCCAGAAGGAUUUGGAUUGGAACCCAAGCCUAGAAUGACUCCUUAUCAUCAAGUGUUUCUUUCUCCAAAUGAAGAAGUGAGAGAAAAAAGAAUGGAUGACUUCCCAAGUUUGAGUGAUGUCCAACACAGCAUCCAGAAGAUGGUGCAGAUGCUCUGGCAGCAGCUCAUGGCACAGAGGCGGCAAGAGCUGGAGGACACCUUCAAGACUGAUCUCUCUGUAAAACCUGGGGAAAGAGAAGUGAAGAUUGAAGAGGUCACCCCGCUCUGGGAGGAGAUGAUGCUCAAGGCCUGGCAGCAUUACCUAGCAUCUGAGAAGAAAUCUCUGGCCAGUCGCUUGAGUGUUGGACACCAUAGCAAAGUCACUUCAUGGAGUGGAAGUUUGUCCUCAGCCAUGAGGCUGAUUCCUGGGCGGCCCAUCAAGGACCCUGAGUGUAAGACAGAGGAUUUUGUGUCAUGUAUUGAAAACUACAGAAGAAGAGGACAAGAGCUCUAUGCAUAUUUAUACAAAGAUUAUAUACAGAGGCGGAGAUGUGGCAACGUCAAGGCAGCCAAAGCCUGGGCCCAGAUCCAGGAGCAGCUUUUUGGGGAGCUGGGCUUGUGGUGCCAUCCAGCAGAAGUGACACCCUGUUCCCAGUGGGAACUGGACUGGAGAGAAGGACCUGCUCGCAUGAGGAAGCGACUCAGAUGCUUAUCUCCACUGGAGUCCUUGAGUGCAGAAAACUUCAAGGAAAGCCAAGACAUAAAUGGUGAUGUUUCUCAAACAAAUGCUGAAAACAAAGAUGAGCUGACACCGAAAGAAGCUGAGAGCGAGAGAGUUGAGAUGGCAGCAGAUUGCACCCAGCUUACCUUCUUUCCUGCCUUACAUGAAAGUCAGCAUUCUGAAGAUUUCUUGGAACUGUGUCGGGAAAGACAAGUUAUUUUACAAGAACUUCUUGAUCAUGAAAAGGUGACACAGAAGUACUCCUUGGUGAUUGUACAAGGCCACCUAAUCUCUGAAGGGCUCCUGCUUUUUGGCCACCAGCACUUCUACAUCUGCGAGAACUUCACACUCUCUCCUGUGGGUGAUGUGUACUGCACCCGCCACUGCUUAUCCAACAUCAGUGAUCCAUUCAUUUUCAACCUGUGCAGCAAAGACAGGUGCUCCGACCAUUACUCAUGCCAGCGCCACAGCUAUGGUGACCUCAGAGAGCUCCGGCAGGCACGCUUUCUCCUGCAGGACAUUGCCCUGGAGAUCUUUUUCCAAAAUGGAUAUUCCAAGUUUUUUGUCUUCCACAACAGUGAUCGGAGUAAAGUCUUCAAAAGCUUCUGCUCUUUUCAACCCAGCUUGAAGGGGAAAAGCAUUAUCGAGGAACCCAUCAAUCUAAGGAAAUAUCCUGGCUCUGACAGGACCAUGUUGCAGAGGUGGCAGAAAAGGGACAUCAGCAAUUUUGAGUAUCUCAUGCACCUCAACACCAUAGCUGGGAGGACCUACAAUGACUACAUGCAAUACCCAGUAUUUCCCUGGGUCCUGGCUGACUACACCUCACAGACAUUGAACCUGACAAAUCCCAAGACUUUUCGAGACCUUUCAAAGCCCAUGGGAGCCCAGACCAAGGAAAGAAAGCUGAAAUUUAUCCAGAGGUUUAAAGAAGUUGAGAAGACUGAAGGAGACAUGACUGUCCAAUGUCACUACUGUACUCACUACUCCUCGGCCAUCAUCAUUGCUUCCUACCUGGUCCGGAUGCCACCCUUUACCCAGGCCUUCUGUUCUCUGCAGGGUGGAAGCUUCGAUGUGGCAGAUAGAAUGUUCCACAGCAUAAAGAAUGCAUGGGAGUCAGCCUCCAGAGAGAACAUGAGUGAUGUCAGGGAGCUGACACCGGAGUUCUUCUACCUGCCUGAGUUUCUAACCAACUGCAAUGCAGUGGAGUUUGGCUGCAUGCAGGAUGGGACAGCACUGGGUGAUGUGCAACUCCCUCCCUGGGCUGAUGAGGAUCCUCAAAAAUUCAUCAGCCUGCACAGACAGGCUUUGGAAAGUGACUUCGUCAGUGCCAACCUCCACAACUGGAUAGACCUCAUUUUUGGGUAUAAGCAGCAAGGAUCAGCAGCAGUGGAGGCUGUUAAUACCUUCCACCCCUACUUCUAUGGUGACAAAAUGGACCUCAACAGCAUCAGUGACCCCCUGAUCAGGAACACCAUCUUGGGGUUUGUCAGCAACUUUGGACAGGUUCCCAAACAGCUCUUUACUAAACCCCACCCAGCCAGGACAGCUGCGGGGAAGCCUUCAUCUGGAAAGGAUGUUUCCACACCUUUGAGCCUGCCCAGCCACCCACAGCCCUUUUUCUAUAGCCUACAGUCACUGCGACCCUCCCAGGUUACAGUCAAAGAUAUGUACCUUUUCUCUCUAGGCUCCGAGUCCCCCAAAGGUGCCAUUGGCCAUAUUGUCCCCACUGAGAAGACAAUCCUGGCUGUGGAGAAGAACAAGAUGUUGCUGCCUCCUCUCUGGAACAGGACAUUCAGCUGGGGCUUUGAUGACUUCAGCUGCUGCCUGGGGAACUAUGGCUCUGACAAGAUCCUGAUGACAUUUGAGAACCUGGCUGCCUGGGGCCGCUGUCUGUGUGCAGUGUGCCCAUCCCCCACAACAAUCAUCACCUCAGGGGCUAGCACUGUGGUGUGUGUAUGGGAGCUCAAUGCAGCCAAAGGCCGCCCAAGAGGCCUACACCUCAAGCAGGCAUUGUAUGGACACACACAGGCUGUCACAUGCCUGGCAGCAUCAGUCACCUUCAGCAUCCUUGUGAGUGGCUCCCAAGAUUGCACCUGCAUCCUGUGGGACCUAGACCACCUCACUCAUGUGGCUCGCCUGCCUGCCCACCAGGAGGGCAUAUCUGCCAUGGCCAUCAGUGACAUCUCAGGCACCAUUGUCUCCUGUGCUGGAGCCCAUUUGUCCCUGUGGAAUGUCAAUGGACAGCCACUGGCCAACAUCACCACAGCCUGGGGCCCAGAAGGAGCCAUAACCUGCUGCUGCAUGAUGGAGGGGCCAGCAUGGGACUCAAGCCAUGUCAUCAUCACUGGAAGUCGAGAUGGCAUAGUCCGGAUUUGGAAGACUGAGGAUGUGAAGAUGUCUGUUCCUGGGCUGGUAGCCCCACAGGAGCCCUCGGCUCAGCCUGCCAGCCUGAGAGGCCACAGGUGGGAGAAGAAUCUUGCCCUGUGCAGAGAGCUGGACAUCAGUGUUGCUUUGACAGGAAAGCCCAGCAAGACCAGCAUUGCAGUAACAGCUCUGGCCAUGUCCAGAAACCAGACCAAACUCCUUGUAGGUGAUGAGAAGGGGAGAAUAUUCUGCUGGUCUGCAGAAGGAUAGGAAGACGGAGAUGGUGCUGGCCCUGGCCUGGCAGCCAUGGCAGCUGCUAGGAUGACGCAGUGCCUGGGCACAAGGAAAACCUCAGGAUUUCCACUCCACAUGGCCACUGAGGAAGGGCUGGUGGGACUAUGGCCUUGGAUGGCACAAGGAUGCGCUUUUACAAACAAAUGAAAGCUUGUUUUGGGGUCCCUGGGGGCAGUACACUGGAAGCCCAGAUUCUUGGAUGCCACCUGCACACCAAAUCACAUAGUUCUCACUUUUCCAAAGAGCUUAUUGCACUGAAAAAAAAA